UCAUUUAAAUGUUUAAAAAUAUUUUAAAACACUUUAAUCCGUUUUAUAAUGGCUUAGUGCCGAAAAUCAUUAAGUAAAAAUGUAUGUCAUUAAGUAAUUAUUGCGCGAAAUUUCCAUAAAAGUAGGCCAACGCGUUGUAAAAAUGUUGAGAUUUUUUCCCGAUUUAAUCCAUUAAUUAAACGUCAGUUUAUCUGUAAUAGCCGUUUCGACCCGGCAAUCGAAUGAACUCGACAUUUAAUGGAACCUUGGAAUUCCGGUAAACGCCCCGAGUUUUGUUUUAAUCCUCUAAAAAUAGGGAUGCUGAACGAAAAAUCUAUAUAUACACACGAAAUCUCUUAAACGAAAUUUGCACGUUGAUAAUAAUGAUUAAAAAUGUUAAUCGAGUCGACGUGAUCGCUCCUUUUUUUUUAAAUUGCUGACGUCACGAACAUCGACACCCGAAAAUUUAUUGUUGUAUUUAAAUGUAGGGCCUUUCGAGAGAUCGAAAGAGGAGGCCGUGGCCACCUCUCGUCAUAUGCGAGAAGCUGUAAAGGCCCGUUUAGCUUCCUCUACAGCCAGGAAAAUCAAUAGAGGCCUGGAGAACAAGUGUUAAAAAUUUGCAUUGUAUUUUUUAAAUAAUAAAAUUAGGCUGAAAGUAAUGGUGUUUCCUCCUACAUUACACAGUAUUUUAUGUGUAUUGAUAAUUUUUAACACGUUUUUAAGGCCCGUAUAAUUAUGCAGCUCUCUCACAAAUGGCCCUACUGAUCCGUGUUAAUGGAAGCCGACGACAAAAGAAGAUGCUGUAAUUAAAUCGUGUGAUUUACUUUAAUUAAAAAAUAUACACACGCAGAAGGAGAGAUUAUAUUGCGUGCAUUAAUUUAGUUUCAAUUCUGCAAUCAUUUCCUCCAUCUUGAAUGUAGGUUAAAUCGGUAAAACGGAAAAUUCGUGCAGAUCAUUUACGAAAUCGAUAGAAUUAAAUGGUGUAAGUUAAAUGAUCGGAUGAAAAUUAAGUGUUUAAAAUGACAUGGUUACGCACGCACAGUGAGCCGCAUUUGUCUACCGUAGAAAGUUUGGCAGUUGCGCAUCUUAUGACAUGAAAAAUAAAAUAAUGGGAGAACAGUUAAUCGAAGAACCUAGUCCUUAUUAUACGUAUGAAUCCAAAGGAAUGUUUCGUGCGUCCUUCCAAAAGUUGUAUCGCUUCCUGAAGGAAGAUGUUCUGUGCGACGUGGAGAUCCGAACUGGAAGAAAAGCCAUACGGUGCCAUAGAGUCGUACUGGCGUGUUGUAGUCCGUACUUUCAAGCCAUGUUUACUAAUUCUUUGGCUGAAAGUAGGCAGAAAAUCAUCACCAUCAGCGAGAUAGAUGAAAGUGCCAUGGAGUUACUAAUAAACUUUGCCUAUACGGCUAAAGUUGAAUUGAAUGUGACCAAUGCUCAAUCGGUAUUACACGCAGCAUCCGUGCUCCAACUAGAAGCUCUUAUCCAAGCGUGCUGUGAAUUCAUGCAACUUCACUUGCAUCCUACUAACUGCCUCAGCAUAAGACAGUUUGCCGAGCAGCAUGGACUUAUGUCUCUCGCACAACAAGCGGAUGCAUUUACAUGUUUCCACUUCCAAGAAGUUCUAAAGAGCGAUGAACUGUUAACUAUAUCCGCUAACCAUUUGCAAGAUUUAAUUUCUUCGCCUAAUCUCUAUGUGGAAAAUGAAGCACAGGUAUGUGAAACUGUCUUCCGGUGGGUGCAUCACAAUGUCGAAAAGAGGAAAGAUUUAUUACCCAGUUUAUUAUCGAAAGUGAAACUUCCACUUUUGACUCAAUCGUAUUUGAAACGUCACGUCGAACCUCAAGAUUUGGUCAGACGGAAUCUAGAAUGCCGUGAUUUAUUAGACGAGGCGAGAGAUUUUCAACUGUGGCAAGUUUCUCAAUUACCUUGUUUGAGGCGACCGUCUAAUGAAUUAACCAGACCUAGGAAAAGUUAUGCAGGUACUCUCUUUUGUGUCGGCGGACGAGGUAUAUCGGGAGAGCCCUUUUCCUCUAUAGAAUGUUAUAACUGGUUUAGAAAUUCUUGGUUUAAUGUGGUCAGCAUGAACACUAAGAGGCGACAUGUGGCUUGUAUAUCUAUAGAAGGAAAGAUUUAUGCUGUUGGAGGUUGUAAUGAUAAAGAACAUCUCUCCAGUGUUGAAGUGUUUAAUCCAUUAACAAAUAAGUGGAAUUUCAUUGCUUCUAUGUCCACAUCAAGGAGAGGAUUGGGACUGAGUUGUUUAGGAGGCCCAAUUUAUGCCGUGGGUGGUUUAGACGAUAAUUCGUUCUAUGCAACGGUAGAAAGAUACGAUAUCAGUUCGGAUACCUGGUAUACGGUCACUUCUAUGAACGAAGCCAGAGGAGGAGUUGCUGUUGCAACUUUAAAGGGUUUCCUGUAUGCCAUAGGAGGAAACAAUGGACCAAAUUCAUUAUCCUCGUGUGAAAAAUACGACCCUCAUCUCAACAAGUGGAUACAAAUCUCUCAGAUGAGACAAAGUAGGGCGGGUGCAGGUGCUGCGGUCCUCGAUGGAUUCCUCUACGUUGUAGGUGGAUUCGAUAACAACAUUCCAUUGAAUUCCGUCGAAAGAUACGACCCCGAGACAAACACGUGGACAAAUCUCAGUUCCAUGACAACGUGCAGAGGUGGCGUGGGGGUGGCAUCGUUAGGAGGGCAUAUUUUUGCUGUAGGAGGCCACAACGGUAGCAGUUAUCUGGACAGCGUGGAGAUGUACGAUCCUCUACAAGACAGAUGGGAAACAAUGGCUAAAAUAGGGAUAGGUAGAGCCGGAGCCGGUGUUGCCUGGUGUCCAUGCUCACCGGAAAAUCUGUAUAAUUUGAAUAGAAACAUGAACGAAAAUCAAAUCCCUACUUGAUUUACGUCCCGUUCUUCUUCCUCCCUCCGUAAUUAAGUAAAUAAAUAAAGCAUUCUAGUCGUGUUGGAAACGUGGAAAGCUCGUACAGAUAUUUCACCCCUUAAAUUUUUAUUUGUUUCUUUUGUUUUUCAAACACUAAAUGACGUGUAUUUAUGAAGAAAUUUAAUAUAGGGAAUAGAGAAAAUAUACGUGCCAGGUGACUAAAUUACUCGAAAGAUGUGUGAUGAAGGCAUUUAAAGAAAUUAGAAUAUCUUCUAUUAAACUGUGAUCGAGUGAUUGUAAAUAUGUUGUAAUGUAAUUUUACAUCUUUCUAGUACAAAAUACUUUAGCUGUGUCUAGUUAUAAGCAUCCACAUCAUAGAAAACAAUGUAGAAACCUUCGUUUUCUUUAAGAAUUUCCAUUGUUAACCACCAUUUUUUUCUUACCAAAGAAACUAAAUUACUGCUCAACAGUACACUUAUGUGAUUAUUAUUAUUAUUAUUAUUAUACGAUUUUUAACGUGUAAUUAAUGUAUUUAAAUUAGUUAUUUGCUACAAUUAAUAGUCUAUAUAUA